GGAGUAUUCAGGAUCGAUGCCUUCGUGGAGAUCGUUUCCAUUGGAGGUGACGUCCUCCAUUUUGGGAUGGAUCGCGUUCUCGUCCUGGUCUGUCAGUUUCUACCCGCAGAUCCUGCUUAAUUUCCAGAGAAAAAGCGUGGUAGGGCUUAAUUUCGAUUUCGCGCUGCUGAAUUACCUGAAGCAGAAUUUGUAUUUGUCCUACAAUGCUUCCAUGACCUUCAGCCACACAGUGCAGGCGCAAUACCGUGCAAAAUAUGGUCACAAUCAGAUGCUACCUGUUGCUGUAAACGAUGUGGCUUUCUCAAUACAUGCUGUUCUGACGACUGGUUUCACUGGAUUCCAGAUUUUGAUAUAUGAUCGAGGGAACCAGAAGGUCUCGAAGACAUGUAAAGCCCUUAUUUUGAUCACGGGGUUAGCUGCUGCAAUUUGCACGUUCUUAGCCAUACCGAGCAAUAAAUGGUAUUGGCUGGUGUCCAGCUUUAACACAAUUCAGGUUGCUAUGACAGUCAUCAAAUACAUUCCUCAGGUGGUAUUCAACUUCCAGCGCAAAAGCACGACUGGGUUCAGCAUUGGCAUGGUCUUGCUUGAUUUAUUGGGGGGCAUUUGCAACAUGACGCAGAUGAUCUUGCAGUCGAUAGAUCAACGUUCCUACAAAAACUUGUUUGGAAACAUAGGGAAGAGUCUGUUAGCAUUGGUGACUAUAAUAUUCGACGGAAUCUUCAUAUUUCAGCAUUAUGUGCUGUAUCCAGCCAAGGCAGCUUCGUCUCAGGUGAAUGUGGAGCUGCCGAGAGAUGUUGAAGCAGCACGAUGAAAUUCGUCUAGUUCUGAUGAACAACUACACAACUACUCCACUUCGGUGCCACGAGCCAUAUGUAAUGAUAGACCAUUCAAGCAUACCUGGUCUGGAAAUGCAG